AUGCCCGUGCAAGAUUCUUCGAGCACUUAUUUGGAGCAGAUGACUGCUCUUUUCAGCUCGGCUGCCAGCUACAUGCGUGUGCCUGUGCUUCUCUCUUCGGGCAUCGCGGCUGUCCUAAGCUCGGUGCUGUAUUUCAAGCAGAAGACCCUGAUCUACCCCUCGCACAUCCCCAGCGGAGCCCGCACAGAUGUCCCCCGGCCCUCCCACUUCGGCAUCACAGAUUUCGAAGAGUUGAUGAUCCCCACGCCUGACAAUGAGAAGCUCUCCGCCUUCUUCAUUCGCGCGCCCUAUCUCCGAUCCAGGAAAAAUCUGACGAUAUUGAUGUUUCAUGGCAAUGCCGGCAAUAUAGGACAUCGGAUUCCCAUUGCACGUAUGUUCGUGAACACUAUGAGUUGUAAUGUCUUUAUGUUGGAGUAUAGAGGGUAUGGUCUGAGCACGGGCAGUCCGGAUGAGGUGGGCUUGAUGACCGAUGCGCACACUGCAUACGAUUAUUUACGGGAGAGAGCCGAGACCCGAGAUCAUGAUAUUGUCAUAUUUGGACAGAGCUUGGGAGGCGCCGUCGCAAUACAGUUGGCUGCCAAAAAGCAGAAUGACGAGAAGUUGGUUGGGCUAGUGCUGGAGAAUACUUUUACGAGUAUGAGGAAGUUGAUCCCUUCGAUCAUCCCACCAGCUAGAUACCUCGCCCCUCUCUGCCAUCAAGUCUGGGCAUCUGAUACUUUCCUACCCACAAUCACUGAACUACCAAUCCUCUUCCUUUCCGGCUUGAAGGACGAAAUUGUCCCACCAAGCCACAUGCUCCGACUCUUCGAGCUCUGCCAAUCGCCCACAAAGACCUGGAAGCCUCUACCCGGAGGCGACCAUAAUUCCAGCGUGUUAGAAGCGGGAUAUUUCGAAGCAAUUGCUGAUUUCGUUGAGAAUCUGGAUACCAAGAGCGAGAAGGAGAAAUUAUAGACAGCGAUGAAAAUAUAGAAAGGGGCGGAGCACUGGAGUUUUAGCAUGGAGUUCGGAGCUUGAGCGUUAAUGCAUACUCAUGAUAGGAGUUGGGUAGCUUCUGGGGCGCGGUGGGAGGGGCUGAAUACCGUUGGAUACCAGUGACUAUGGGUUGCGAGGAAGCAUGCAAGAUACCUUUCGAGACGACAAAUUCUUUAUGUACAUUAAUACAGUGGACUAGUGUAAUCAUAUAUAAUUAUGCCACUCAAUAUGUGUGGCUUGAUAUAAUCUGAGUUUCGCCACCGG